AAGUGGAGUGGUGGUGGGGAAUUCCCAGAAAUGGAUAUCCUUUCCAGGUUCCUGUUUUGAGGGGUUUGAAUUGCUUAUAAAUACCCUCUCUGAGCCUGAGAGCAGAAAAGACAAGCUCCAUCUCCUUUGGCUUUGCCUUUUUUCAGCGCUCCGUGUCAGGCUCGGGCUGGGAACCAUGAGGCUCUGUGUCUGCCUUGUGUUGCUCUCCUUUAUUGUAUGCGCAAAUGCUGACAUACCAGGAAUACGCGAAAGUGGACGAUUUGUCUGGGAUGCAGUGGGAGGGGCAUGGGAUAUGUACAGGGCAUACCGGGACAUGCGCGAAGCAAAUUAUAUAGGUGCUGACAAAUAUUUCCAUGCUCGUGGGAAUUAUGAAGCUGCCCAAAGAGGACCUGGUGGUGCUUGGGCUGCUAGAGUGAUCAGCGAUGCCCGGGAGAAAUGGCAAAGCGACUUGAGCGGCCGAGGCGCAGAGGACACCCAGGCGGACCAGGAGGCGAACAAGUGGGGCAGGAGCGGCGGGGACCCCAACCGCUACCGGCCCGCCGGGCUGCCCAGCAAGUACUGACGCUGCUCCGCUGCGACACCUCCCCCGUGCAGUCGAAUAAAGGAAUUCUGCCGAA